AUGGCAGAAGUCUCGACGAUGGCAUCUUCAACAGAACAAGCAACAAACCUGAACCUGAACCUAUCUGCAUAUCCUGCAGGUGUCAGCGAUCAAUCCUCCUCAAAGGAUUCAAGUGCUUUCGCCAUAUCCCAAGCUCACCCCACUGAGACAACCAUCGAAUCACCCCCAUCCACUCCAACAUUCCCCUGUUUCCCCAACCUUCCACCAGAACUUCGAUGCAUUGUAUGGGAAUUUGCCUGCUAUUACCCCCGUACGAUAAGAAUAUCAAGAGCGAUAAUUGAUACUACCGCCUCAUGGAAUCUCGUAUCAUCAGAUCGCGACCCAGGAACACUCCUCGCUUGUCGAGGAAGCAGGUCGAUAGCGAUGCAAUUCUACAAACCAUUGCUUUCUGCUUCGCAGUUCCAAUUUACCACCAUCAGCUUCAACCCCACUGUUGACAUAGUUUCUAUUGAUGUAUCACGCGCACUCGCGGAACAUGGAGAUGCGAUACCUGUGGAACAACCCAUCUCAGGAAGACUUGCCACAGGAGCUGCCGCAGCAAUAGAACGAUUGGACCUACGAUUUUCGAGCUGGUUCAAAAUAUGGAAUCAGUAUACAUAUCAGCUCAUCCUCACUUUUGCGAACAUGCAUCUGAUCAAGCAUACAACUCCUCCUGUAGGUGUUUUCAACAAUGACUUGAUCAAAUUUUGUGGCUUGAAGCAUCUAUCAGUACUUGGCUUCAACUGGAGCGACAAAGUGGAAAACGCCCCUAUUAGCACGGCUGAGAGGUCAGAAAAGAUUAAAGAUAGUCUAGUUGGAGUUUUCAAGGAUAUGAAGGCAGAGAAUCCUAAGGUGUUUCGACCACAUACUGUCGUUAAACAAGAGGAUGAUGAUUAUGAGGCCCUCGAUUUGGGAGACACGAAUGUGAAGGAGACAAAGGGUGUUGAGGAGACUGAAUCCUCAGAGACUGAAGGACAAUAG